AUGGGGAAUCUUUUAUGCUGCGUGCAAGUUGACCAAUCGAAAGUCGCAAUAAAAGAAGGAUUUGGAAAGUUCGAAGAGAUGCUGCAACCAGGGUGCUAUUGUCUUCCAUGGUUCCUUGGGAAAAAAAUUGCUGGUCAUGUGUCUCUUCGGCUACAGCAGUUGGAUAUCAAAUGCGAGACCAAGACAAAGGAUAAUGUCUUUGUCAACGUUGUUGCUUCCAUUCAAUACCAUGCCUUGGCAGACAGGGCCAAUGAUGCGUUUUACAAACUUACCAACACAAAAAAACAACUUCAAGCUUAUGUCUUUGAUGUGAUUAGGGCAAGUGUUCCAAAACUCAACUUGGAUGAUGCUUUUGAGCAGAAAAAUGAAAUUGCAAAAGUUGUGGAACAAGAACUUGAGAAGGCUAUGUCAGCUUAUGGAUAUGAAAUUGUUCAAACACUCAUUACUGAUAUAGAGCCAGACGUGAAUGUGAAGCGGGCUAUGAAUGAAAUUAAUGCUGGUAAUUCUAUGUGCAAAGUUAUAUGA